GACGACCCGGAAGCGCAUGAAAAGUUCGUCAAAAUCAAUCGUGCGUACGAGGUGCUUAAAGACAUGGAGCUGAGGAAAAAGUACGACGCGUACGGUGAAGCGGGCUUGAAGGACAAUUUCGAUUUUGGUCGCCAGUAUCAGAGUUGGCAGUUUUACCAAAAUGACUUUGGUUUGUGUUGCGAACUUCGUUUCUGGCGGGAAAUCGCGCGCGAGCUAGAAGGCGUAUUGAAUUUUGGUGCUGUGAACUGUAUGGACGAUUACGUGCUGUGUAAUCAGGAACAUAUCCAACAAUUUCCAACGCUGCUAAUGUACCCUGAGCGAACGACAUACGCCGGCGUGACAGACCUGGAACAGCUGGUUGAAUUUGUGCUCACUCAGGUUAACCCCAAAAUGCUGCGGUUACGAGAAACUAAUUUUGAAAGGCUUAAAUCGGAGCACCAACUAUCUUCCAUGCCGUGGAUAAUUGACUUCUACCAGGAUCCGACGGCGACUUUGUCGAGCCAGAGCCGCAAGAAGCUGGCUGCCAUGCUGAACGGCCUAGCGAUUGUCGCCUACGUCGAUUGCGCAACGGAAGUGAAUCUGUGUGCCCAGUUUGAAGUCAACUCUUCGGUGGUAUACUAUCCGAACAGCAAGUUCGUUUCGAAAGACAGGCAAAUAUGGAAUUCGUUUGACACAAAAGAGCUAUACCAUAUGAUGCUGGGGCGUUUGCCUGACAUUGCUGAGAUUCAAACUGACAUCUUGGAGGUAUGUUGUUUUAUGCUUCCUUCGUCAUGA